CCUGCGAGGCGUCAAUACAGAGGAGAGAACUUAGUGUAAUUUGGAAAUCGCGUGGAUAUUAUCGUAUGAAAUAAAAGUAGGAUUUAAAAAUUGAGGUUGAUGAAAUAAAUUAAAGAUGGCACGAUUUAACGUUAAUGCAUUAUCAAUGCAGUUAGUAAAACAUGAUUCCGAAUGAGAGUUGAUGAUUCACCAUAAAUAUGUGCAGAAGCCAUAAGAUCUUUCUUCGAUGGAAUGCAGGUACUUCACCGAAGAAGGAAAGAAAGUUUAAUCCUGCGAAUCUCUGACUGAAAAUUAGAUAGAUCAUAAGCAAACUAUAUAUAUACUUAACACAAUGGAUGGCAUAAGAGCAGCAGAAGUUUUACCCCUACUUCAAGAACGUUUGGCUAUACUACCAGGUGGACGAGACCGUAGAGGAGGUCCAGUUAUUGUUUUUCCGACUACCCCAAGAAGAGAACGUGCUAAACCAGAAGACUAUCGUCGUUUAUUGCAAUACCUUUUAGCCGUUCCUGACGAUGAAACCAGAGAUCUAAGAUUUACUGUGAUAGUGGAUAUGCGUGGUGCUACUUGGGAUUCUGUGAAAACAAUUUUAAAGGUAUUACAUGAAUACUUUCAUCGAUCGGUAUAUGUUGCACUCAUCAUAAAGCCAGAGAAUUUUUGGCAGAAGCAAAGGACAUCAUUAGCUAAACAGAAAAAAUAUAAUUUUGAGAUCAAUACAAUUAGUUUAGAAGCUCUCACAAAAGUUAUAGAUCCCUCUCAACUGACAUCUGAUUUGGAUGGCUCGUUAGAGUAUGAUCAUAGUCAGUGGAUCGAAACAAGACUAGCUGUAGAAGAUUUUACCUGGCAAGCUGCUGAUCUUUUAGAUAGGUUGGAUGAUUUACAAGAAGAUCUUAGUCGUAAUGAUUUUGCUGAUGACGUUGGAGGUGCUAAACAUGGUAUUGACCUUCAUAAUGAAAUGAAAAAGAAAAUUUUGAAAAUUCCUGUUGAAGAAAUAGAAGUUGUUGCUCAACGUUUACUUCAAAAAUUCGACAGCAUGUCGACGUCAGGUGGAGAGGGAGGAAGUAUCGAAAGUGGCGCAGUAGGUGGAACAGAUUCAGAUGGUCAGGCAUUAGCGACAUUAGUUAUACAGCAUUUAGAAUCUGUUCAUGCAUCGCAACGGCAUCUCUUGCAAUUGUGGCAUAUUAAAAAAAAGAAAUUAGAUCAAUGCUUUCAGUUGCGCUUAUUUGAACAAGAUUGUGAAAAAAUGUUUGACUGGAUUUGUCAUAAUAGAGAAGGAUUUCUUGCUAAUUAUGUGGAGAUUGGACGUUCUUAUCAACUUGCUAAGAACUUUCAAGAGGAACAUAAACAUUUUACCAUGAGUUCAAUGAAUGUUUAUGUGAAUAUUAAUAAAACUCUUACAAUGGCUGCUAGAUUAUUAGAGACACAACAUUACGCAGCGGGUCACGUACGAGCUGUUGCGAGUCGAUUGGACAGAGCAUGGAAGGAAUUUGCUGCUGGUCUCGAUGAACGUACUGCUGUUCUUGGCCUAAGUGUAGUAUUCCAUCACAAAGCAGAACAAUACGUAGAUAGUGUUGCUGGUUGGAGUCAAGCUUGCGAUGCCAGCAAUCUGCCUAAUGAAAUUCCUGUUCUUGAAUCUCAUUUAAGACAGCAUCAAACUCUUUACGAAGCAAUGUGUCAAGCAUAUACAGAGGUGCAUAGUACCAGUAAGAAGCUUCUUUAUCAACUGGAUCAUCUUGUGCAAGUCUGUAACCAACCACAGGGAAUAGACCACACCAUCCGCAAACAUAGCCAAGACGGACAUAAUGCAGAAAGUCAUGGUGGCAUGAGUGGAAAUCCAGCCGCAGAUUAUAGUGAAGGUGCAUCCCAUGUGUUAGCAGUUAUUCAUCAAAUUUUAGGUCAUCAUAGAACAUUGGAAGCUCGUUGGCAUGCACGCAAAGUUAAAUUACAUCAACGUCUUGCUUUGAGAUUAUUUCAAGAAGAUGUAAAACAAGUUCUCGAUUGGCUAACUAAUCACGGAGAAGUUUUUAUUCGAAAAAAUACAGGUGUUGGACGAAAUCUUCAAAAAGCAAGAGUAUAUCAAAAAAGUCAUGAACAUUUUGAGAACGUUGCUCAGAAUACUUAUACGAAUGCAACAAAGUUGCUUACUGCGGCAGAGGAAUUAGCUCAUACAGGAGAAUGUGCUGCCGAUGAAAUAUAUGCUGUAGCACAAGAAUUGGAAUCUCAUGUUAGUAGAUUUGCAGCGAGAGUCGAACAACGGCGUCGCAGAUUAGAUCUGGCUGUAGUAUUUUAUACUCAUGAAAAAGAGCUAAGUGGUUGGGUGGACGAGUUGCGGCAAGAAUUGCAGCAAGAGGAAGUUGCAGAGAAUUUGGAAACAGCAGAAAGACUACUUGAUCAGUGUGCACAACACAGAGCGUCGUGUCUUGAAGCUUGUGCCUCGACCAUUGCACAAGGUGAAGCAUUACUUCAAGAACUACGAGAAUCUACAGAUGCACCCGAUUCUACGGGCUCUGUAACUGCUGUAGAAAGUGCUCUUGAUAGAUUGGCUGGUUUACGGCAAGAAUUAGAAGAAUUAUGGGCAACAAGAAAAUUAAGGUUAGAGUUGUGUUUGCGAUUGCGUGUUUUCGAGAGAGAUGCGUUAGAAGCCAGUGGACAACUUGAAAUGUGGGCACAAGACUUACAAGGUACUCCUCGUGAAGGUUCACCCGAACAGCUGUUACGUGUACAUAAUGACGGUGUAGCUCAUAUGCAAAAUACUACGUUUCAAGUGUUACAACAAGGCCAAGAACUUGCACAGGUUCUAGAACAAGCCGGAGUUUGUAUUAUGGCAGAUGGUCAGCAUAGUGCUACAGCAAGAGUUCAAGUGCUUCUUGAAUUUUUAAAUGAAAGAGAAAUGGAUGCAGAAGAUCUUGCGGAAAUGCGGAGAGUUCGAUUGGAACAAGCCGCACAAUUGGUGCAAUUGCAAACAGAUGCCACGCAUGUAGCUAAUUGGAUUAGAAACGGAGAAGCUAUGCUUUUAGCUUCCUUAAGGGUUCCAGAAAAUUUACAAGAUGCUGAACAACUACGGUUAGAACAUGAGCAAUUUCAAGUAGCUAUAGAAAAAACGCAUACUUCUGCUGUACAGGUGAAACAUAGAGCUGAUGCAUUAGUAAGCGCGAAUCAUUAUGACCCCAAAAGUAUUCGAGAAGUAGCUGAAGAUGUCACAAAAAGGUGGCAACAGUUGGUAACUUGUGCAGAAGAAAGGCAUAAAUUAGUAACCGCGAGUAUUAAUUUUUAUAAAACAGCGGAACAAGUUCGAUCGGUACUGGAUAGUUUAGAACGUGAAUAUAAAAGGGACGAAGAUUGGUGUUUUGGUGGAGAGAAAGGCGGCCAAGUACCUAAUCUUGUGUCUAAACAUCAGGAACAAAAAGAAGCGUUUUUAAAAGCAUGCACCUUGGUGCGAAGAACGGCCGAGACAUUCCUAAAAUACACUAAUCGCAGUCUACAAUUUUAUAAUUAUCAAGCUAAUAGCGUUGGGUCCGAGAACAAAGUUAAAAAUAUCUUAGAAGAAUUGUUAAGUAAAGAAAAUAAAGUACUGGAAUAUUGGACUCAACGAAAAAAACGCUUAGACCAGUGUCAUCAAUACGUUCUUUUUGAGCGUAGUGCAAAACAAGCAAUCGAAUGGAUAAGGGAAACUGGUGAAUUGUAUCUUGCAACACACACGAACGUGGGAAAAAAUCGUAUCGAAAACGAGCAAUUGUUACAAGAACAUAACGAAUUUAAAGGUGCAGCAAAGGAAACCAGGGAAAGAGUAAAAUUGCUGAUUCAGUUAGCAGACAAUUUAGUUGAAAAAGGACAUGCUCAUGCUGCUGUUAUUAAACAGUCUGUGGCGGAGGUAGAUCAGCGUUAUAAAGAUUUUAGCAUGCGAAUGAAUUACUAUAAGACGCAAAUUGAAGAUGAUUUGGGUAUACAAUCAGACGACGGCCAUAAAGAUUUAGCUAUAGACCGUAAUUCCGAUCCUUUAUUGGAGGAGAAAAUUAAAGGAAAAGAUUUAAAAGAAUUGAAUGAAGAGAAACGGCGAUCAGCUAGGCGAAAAGAGUUCAUUAUGGCCGAAUUAUUGCAAACCGAACGUACAUACGUUAAAGAUUUAGAAACUUGUAUUCGUUGUUUCUUAGAGGAAACGCGUAAUGGAAAAGGAAACGUACCAACAGGAUUGCAAGGUCGAGAAUCCAUCAUUUUUAGCAAUAUGGAAGAAAUACAUCAAUUUCAUUGUAAUAUAUUCCUUCGUGAAUUGGAAAAAUACGAAACCAUGCCCGAAGACGUUGGGCAUUGUUUUGUUACUUGGGCUCCAAAAUUUGAUAUGUACGUGACUUACUGUAAAAAUAAGCCAGAAAGUAAUCAAUUACUAGUUACGCAUGGUGGUACGUGGUUUGAAGAAUUACAAAGGAAACAAAAAGUUGAACAUCCAAUAGCCGCAUACCUCAUUAAACCAGUGCAAAGGAUCACAAAGUAUCAGCUUUUGCUUAAGGAUCUUCAAGCUUGCUGUCAGGAGGGACAAGGUGAAAUUAAAGAUGGAUUGGAAGUGAUGUUGAAUGUGCCUAAAAAAGCAAACGAUGCCUUACAUUUAAGCCUAUUGGAGGGUUGUGAUGUCAGGAUAGAUACUCUUGGAGAUGUAGUAUUACAAGAUUCAUUUACGGUAUGGGAUCCAAAGCAGCUGAUAAGAAAAGGCAGAGAUCGUCAUAUAUUUCUUUUCGAAUUAUACUUAUUAUUUAGUAAAGAAGUAAAAGAUUCAGCUGGAAAGGUAAAAUACAUUUACAAAAGUCGCUUGAUGACUUCCGAAUUGGGCGUCACUGAGCACAUUGAAGGAGACGAAUGUAAGUUUGCAGUAUGGACUGGAAGAGCACCUACCGGCGACACCCGUGUGGUUUUAAGAGCAAAUUCGAUGGAGGCGAAGCAAUUGUGGGUCAAGAGAUUGCGUGAAGUAAUUCAAGAAACGUACUUCAGCUUGAGUAUGCCGAAGAGUCCUGCCAAGAAGAGUUCGAGCCAACGAUCGAGUAGAGACCUGGAGGAAUGUGCAUCCUUGAACGAUAGUGUAGAAAAUUUGGACAGGAAUUCAUUGGCUUCAUUUGGUUCGACGAAUACAACGGAUUCGGACAAGACUGGCGUAACCGAAAUGACUUGGGUGGUUGCGGAUCAUCUAGCAGCACCAGGAUCUAGAGAACUGACGGUGACGAAGGGUCAACAAGUUGAAGUCUUAGAAAAUUGUAGCGGUAAUGGAAACGUCAGUGGCAUCGUUGCUACCGGUGAAUGGACAUUGGUACGUUUACCACUCGCUCCAGGACAAACAGAUCCACCAACAGAAGGGCUUGUACCUACGAGCGCUUUGAAACAACCACCAAGCAAUUCCUGUAAGACCUCACCAUCAAGAAAACCACCCAAUCAACAACAAACAUUGCUUCAGCAGCAGCAGCAGCAACUCAAUCAAUCUGUGAUCGGACAACAACAACUUGCGGCUAUAGUAACUGGUUCUACUGCAUCAUCAUCUCCAGUUUCGAAUUUAACACCGUCGAGCGAAGAAUCGGAAAUCAUCGGGAGCGAUGGUAGCGGCUCCGCUAGUACAAGUUCACCUGGAAACAAAAGACGCGGUUUUAGCGGGAGAAAGUGGCUACCACCUCCGCUGCGUAAGCUCAGCCAAGGCAAGGUCGAUAAGGUCGUUUCAACGGCGUCGUCGACUGCGUCAACGGCUGCUGCUGCUGCCACAGUUAACAGUGGUGGCAUUCCGCUAACGGCGACGUCUUUAACAACGGUGACGACAGCAACCACCACCACGACAACCGCUAUUUCUUCUAUUUCCGCUGCUACACCAGGAACUGUUACGCCAAUAGCACCUACGACGACUUUGGUUAAACAAACGACAACGGUGGUGGCAACGGUGACGCCAAGCGGUAAAAACAUUGGAUCCUUGAAAAAGAGCAGCUCUGACAAACGUUUCAAGCUACCAUCAGGAGCUGCUGAACAAAAACGUGCCGUUGCUGUUUCUGCUGGAAACAUCAGAAUCAGUUCCGAACUUGAAACUUUAACGGGAUCCGAAGAGGCUGAAAGAGAGGAAGAGGAGGAAGAGGAAGAAGAGGAGGAACACGGUGAAACUUCUGAAACGAUAUCUACAACUUACGACGACGGUGAAGGUAACGUCUUUCAUGAACAAAAUGGCACUGAGGAUGGAGAAGAUGACUUGGAAUUACCGCCUCCAAUGAAACCGAUUACCGAGCCGAUUUUAGUCGCUGCCGCAAAUGGUCCUCCUGGUUCAGCGAUACCCGACGAAUUACCUGGGAAAAGAGCAUCUGAAUGUUCUAGCAAAAUACUUGAUGGAGCCACCACGGCAGAUUUAGCAGAAAUCGAACAGAUCGUAAAGGAAAGGAUGGAACAACAUACCGAAAAUCAAGAAAGGCAUAGUCUGAUGCGAACGGAAAGAACAACAGCAGGCGAUAGAGGUUCAAGUGAUGGCGAAAAUAAUUAUGCUCGUGCCAUCAGUCCAUCUCUCGUUACUGAAGAAUGCGAUCCCGAAACUGCGGCUCUAACCAAAAGACAAUUUGUCAUUCGCGAAUUGGUUGAAACGGAAAGAGAUUAUGUCAACGAUCUUAAACAAAUUGUCGAAGGAUACAUGACGCUGAUGCGAGAUCCAGAGAGCGACAUUCCACUUCCUGAGGAUCUUCGAGGAGGAAAAGACAAAAUGGUAUUCGGUAACAUAGAAGCGAUCUAUGAAUGGCACAGAGACUUUUUUUUGAAAGCUUUGGAGAACUGCAUAAAAUGCCCGGAAGAACUCGGUCCUCUUUUUAAAAGAUAUGAAAGGAAAUUACACAUGUACGUUGUUUAUUGUCAAAAUAAACCCGUUUCUGAGUACAUCGUGUCCGAAUAUAUAUACACUUACUUCGAGGAACUGAGGCAGAAACUUAAACAUCGUCUGCAACUUUGCGAUUUGUUAAUAAAACCGGUGCAAAGGAUUACAAAGUAUCAAUUACUUCUUCGCGAGGCAUUACGUUUGACCGAACGUACUCAAAGAUUAUCGGAGAUCGAAGGACUUAGAGCAGCGGUUCAUGUUAUGCGAGUUAUUCCAAAAGCGGCUAACGACAUGAUGGAUGUGGGAAGGUUACAAGGUUUUGAUGGUAAAAUAACAGCACAAGGUAAACUUCUGCUACACGGGCCUUUGUUAGUGUCAGAAAUUUCGAGCGUACCAACGAGAGGAAAAGAGUGGCACGUAUUUCUUUUCGAGCAAAAUAUUAUCUUCAGCGAAGCCGUUGGUAAGAAGACUCAAUUCACCAGCCCAGCCUACAUAUAUAAAGCUCAUAUACAGGUAAACAAAAUGAGUCUCGAGGAUUCGUACGACGAUCCGGACAAAUUUGUGAUUCGAUCUACGGAUCCUCGAAAGCCCGGUCUAGGAUUUUAUUGCAGCGUAGUUGAAGAAAAUGGACCUCGCAGACAGGAAUGGGUAGAUACGAUCACUGCUAUCCUACAAACACAACGUGACUUUCUCAAGGCGUUACAGUCACCGAUUGCCUACCAAAAGGAACUUACCAAAGAUCCACUCCGAGUUCCAACAACGGAGCCAGUGGUUCGAGAGACCAUAUCAGUAGCCCCGACGCUUUCGACAGUAUCCCCCGGAACGAUGCACAAAGAAAAGAGUUUCCCUCCUCAGCAGAAGAUAACUCGACCGAUUCAAAGGACUCAAUACGGUGGUUUAGAUUGCGAAUUACCACGGACGCCGAGUCCGACGAAGAGUAGGCUUAACUUCCUCGAUGGAUUCAGGAAUACUCUACGCGCUCGAUCCCCAGUUCGUACCAAUUCGAUACCGGUCGUUCCGGGUGCACGAGUAAGAUUGGCAGCCGACUGGGGUAAACUACGUGCCGGUGACGAACUCGUCGUUUCUCGUUUGGACGGCCCUGGACUAGUAGUUUCACAUCAUAAUAAGAAAGAAGAACUAUGGAUACCAGCUAGCCUUGUUCCAAAUUUGUCUAUAAGUAGAGCAUGGUCCUUCCGUCCGAGCAAAAUAGAUUCCAAUAAAGAUAUUGUACAACCACAAGAUAGAUCUCCAGAAAAAAAGGGACCGCCUACUAUCCUAGCAAGUACAAGUAUGAUAAAGGCAACUGCUGGUGAAGAUGUUAGACUUUCGGUGGAAAUUAUUAACGUCGAUUCAGCAACUGUUACGUGGAAGAAAGAAGACGAGAAAGAUAAUCAAAUUAUUAGAGAAAGCGAUCGUUAUCGAUUUGAACAAGUCGCUGCUUUUCUCUAUUUAGAAAUUGUAAGAUGUCGUCAAUCAGAUUCGGGAUUAUACCGAUGUUAUGUUGAACAUGACACUGGUUCUUGCUGGACAGAGAUUUCCCUUUUUAUCACAGGCGGAAGUGGAAGUACGUGGGCGCGAGUCGUUGGUCCGACAAAGAUCGAAAUAGAUUGGGAAUGUUCCAGCGUUGAUUCGUACAAUAUAGAAGGUAGAACAGCACCUUUUCAAACUUGGGUUUUGAUGGCAACGGAUGUAAAACAUCCACCAAUGACUUUAGAAUUACCGCCUGGCGCGUCAUACAGUUUUCGUAUUGUUGGGAAAAAUGGAAACGUUACUUCAUCUUCCGCGGAAAUAACGUUGACUGGUUUUGAAGAUAACGUAAAUUGGGAAACUGAGCAGUUUAUUGGGAGAUAUUUAGAACUAGAUGAAUUAGGGAAGGGUAGAUUUGCAACUGUAAGACGUGCUCGUGAUAAAGGAACGGGUCAAGAAGUGGCACUUAAGCAAACUCCAAGACACAAGCAACCACGGUCCUUAACUCGAGCCGAGUAUGAUUUGUUAGCGUCUAGUCAUCAUGGUAACAUCAUUAGAGCCUUUGCUCUAUUUGAAAAUGCUCCACGUCCAGGAUUCGAUACGAUCGUGCUAGAAUUAGUUCGAGGUCCAACGCUAUUUGUUUACCUUAGUAAAAAACCAGAUUAUACGGAAGGAAUGGCUAUCAAAUAUACGAGUCAAUUGUUGUCAGCUCUUCAAUGGUUACAUAGACGUAACACAGCGCAUUUAGAUUUAAAACCUGAAAACGUAUUGGUAGAUCAGGAUAGCGGUAUAGUUAAAUUAAUAGAUCUUGGUGAAGCAGUAAGAGGUCCAGUCGACGAAGUCGUACCACCUGCCGAUUUAGAAUUCGCAGCACCAGAAUUGGUACUUGGUAAACCUACAGGAACUUGUACGGAUAUGUGGGCUGCUGGUGUUUUCAUUUAUGUACUUUUAAGCGGUGUAUCGCCAUUUCUAGAUGAUUCUGUAGAAGAAACAACUGCGAAUAUAUUAAAGUGCGAUUUUUGUUUUCCCAAUGAAUACUUUGAAUCUAUAUCUAACGACGCGAAAGAUCUUCUUGGAAGAUUAUUGUGUUUACAUGGCGAAGAAAGAGCUACCGCUGAAGCUACUUUAACAUCGCCUUGGUUCAAGACUCCAGCAAGCUCUGCAAUAUCGUCAAUUAGAUUGGCCGAAUUUACCGAGCGACGAGCACACUGUUCAAAAUCGCGACAAGAUCGUAAUGACAGAUUCUAUUCGUGAUAUUUUAAAUAAAAAAAAAUAAUCUCCUACAGAGAGAGAGAGAGAGAGAGAGAGAGCCCUUUCCCUCUUGUCCCCCAAGUAAUUUUAUUACAUGCUUAAUGGUACUUAGAAUGAUGAUAACUUUUUUGUAAAUAAUAAGAGUUAAUCGAAAGAUGUACAGCACA